AUGAAGUCUGGGCAAGACCCGAGAGAAGGCGGUCUUUGGAAACGUGCUCUAACCAGGUCGAAUCCAGAAAGUUUUUCGAAAAUAUCUUUGUGGGAUUAGAAAAAAUCGCGGUCCAAAGUGCUCAUCACCUAAAUUGUUGAUUCACAGAUGGGGAAUGGUUUCCUUUUCUCGAUCUGUGCGAGUUGCUCAAGUACCAUCUCCGGCGACGCGGCCUCGACUCCGCCCACAGCGGCGGUGGCCGGCCAAUUGAAGCGACGAUGGGCGGAGCCGCUUCGCCAUCUCAACUGGCACUCAUAUAA